CACAAUGACUACUACUGCUAUGGCUAUGGUCAGGAUAGUAAUGUCCUUUACGAGUGGGCCAAAAACAGUUCGAAUUACUUCAUAGGUGCCACUGCAUCGGCCAACACUACUGCUGCUCCUGCAGAUCCAGUGCCAGACGAAUUACGGCAUCGGAAGCCUAACUUUAUCGCGGGAGCCCCAAGUCAAGGAUGGUACGAACAGUUGGAUUCCUCAUAUCGCAUGCGAACCGGUGCUGAGGCGAGGGCUUUUUUCAGGCUUGGACGGGUCUUCUCUAUGCUGUUUGUCGAAGCAGCAGACGCCAUAGCCCAAUAUCAGCCAGAAAACGACGCGCUUACAGAGGUUCGUUUUGGAGGACAUGUUUAUACACAAGUCCGCCGUUUUGUUGUUGUUUCGGUGCGCAGAAACUUUGUUCAGGCUUGCGCAAUAUCGACCUACCGCAAUCAGGGUACACUCAGGCGUGGCUGUGAUCCAACUGAACACGCUCUGGUGUACAAUUCUAGUAUAGAUCCUGAAAGUUGCUACCUCCCAGGAGAAUGCGAGAGGGGCUUGACUAAGGAGCCUAUCGAGGUAAUAGCUGCUGACGCCUCUGCCUAUCUUACAAGAACAUCGCGCAUCCGCUUUGGCAAAAUCUACUCCAUUGAGUGGAACGUAAAGGUUAAGGACAUUGGCUUCGUGACGGAUGGCUGUCUUGGUACGCUGACGGAGCACUACAAGUAUGAGGACCAGCGAUGGGAUACGGCGGAUUAGUUACGGGGAAUAAAUCAAGCAUGGGACAUGGAGUGAGGUUAGUAACAGCUGCCUGUAAUCGUAACCAAAAAGGCGCACGAUGAGGUUCUCGGGGUGCUACCACGAGCAUAGACGAAUAUGACAGACAGGGUGCCAGCGAAUUGCUGCACAGUCUGGGUGCAGCAGUCAGCACGACGACAUAGCCGCAAAUAUGAACUCGCUCAACGUCCUAUACCUUCGCACACCGUCAGCCAAAUGUAGUCUUCUUCAUAAAUUAUAUCCAUCAAACAGCACUGCUGCGU